AUGCGUCCUCUCUUUGGCUUGCGGCUUGGCUUGUGGCCUGGCUUGCGGCCUGGCUUGCGGCUCUGUGCGCUGCCCGGUGUGCAGCCCGGUGCGGUGCGCAUAUUGCGUAGUGUACAGCAUGUAGGACUGCGCCACUAUUCUGUGCGCCCAAGGAUCAGCAAAGGCAGCUAUGCGAUGCGACUCCUGUCCGGUCCCGUCGUUGAGUUCUUCUCGAUCCUCUCGCGGAUUGCGCGCAUAUUGAUCAGCGCAACAAUGGUCGUCUGUAUUAUCACGGUAGGGUCCUGGGAAGGUGCCCACCAGUACGUCGAGUAUUUCCCAAUGCGUGACGAUGGGAAGGCAUUGCCGAUCGACGACCACCGCACGGACCCGUACGGUUGGGACAUCGACGACGUGGUCGCGCACCUCAACACUCCAUAUGGAACCGAUCCACGUAUGGGGAUAUUUGGUAGGCAUAUCAUGCGCAGCGCUUGGAUAGCGGAAAAGUGGGGCAGCGGCGUGGCGCCAUCUCACAUAUUUGGACGCGCAUCGCGCGGCUUGCGCAAUACGCAAAUGCUCGACUUGUCCACUUACCAAGGCCUCUCCCUUACCGAGAGGUUUCUCACCACGGCGCUUGAUGUUGCCGAGUCGCGUGGGAUCUCUGUCCCUGAUUUCCAAAGCAGCCACGACAAAACGCUCGACGCCACGGGCGUCGCAUUAGAGCUCUGGCUUGCCGAUGUGCGUACACAGAUGAGCACUCCGAAAUCGCUUUCUCUUGCAGGCCUGUCUUAUGAGAAAUUGUAUGAGGCGUAUCGCGAUGCACCGCACGGCAACGUGUUCCAAAUAGCCAUGGCGUUCAAGCUGAGCACCGUGGAAAGCAGGCUCGGACGCUUUGCUCAAAGCCGUGAAUGGCUUGAUCGCGGUCUAAACUCGUGCAUUGGGCACACGGGGCAGGGCUUGGUUGAUGCGGCGCUGAGUACGCAAUCGUUUCAUGCCAAGACGGCAUUGGAUGCGCGAUGCAGUGUCGAAGCCUUGCUCCAGCUCUCACGCGUGUGUAUCCAAGAGAGCAAAGGCGAGCAUGGAUUCCAAGAGUCGGGUUUGCGCUCUGCCUUAGCCGCGCAGUUUGCAGCACUACGCAUUGCACAGGAGGAGACGCACUGUGGCGGUGAUGCUGCAGGCGCACACCUCGAGCGGAUAUGGGCGCAGGAGAAGCUGUCUGUGCUCGGCGUGUACAUUGCCGAAACGCUGCAUGUAUUGCACUCUUUGCCCCCAAAGCAGCGCAGUUGGUUUGCACGUUUGUGGCCACGCCACGAUGCACUGCUCAGCGCAUUGCCCGAGCCGCGCACUGCUGCUGUCCCUGACGGGCCUAACAUGCAAUGCAGAGAAUGGCUUGCGUAUUCAAUAGCGCGUGCUUCUGAAGCCCAAGCGGCGUUGCGCACUGGCACCAAGGAGAGUGCCGCGCCUCUCUUUGAGCACGAGCCGUGCUUGGUUCAUGCUGUCCAACCGUUCUUUUGA